AGCCACUGGGUGAAUAUGGACAUUAUGAUCAAAGCUCUGCACUCUGAAGGUCACUCAGUGGAUGUGGUCCGGACAAAUCAAAGCUGGUACAUUCAGGACGGCUUCCAACACUACAAAACAAUUACUGUUCCUGUCGUUGAAGCUUUCAACCAUGACUUCAUCAAACCGAUCUUAGAGAAGAUCAUUGCCAUUGAGAGGGGGGAGAGCUCAUUUUUAAGCUUUGCAAGUUUGCAACUGGAGAUGUUUGAUGCCAUGUUUAACAUGCAUAGAAUAAUCACCAACAUGGCUAGGAGCAUGUUAAAAGAUGAAGAUUUAAUGAACAGAUUAAAGGAGCAUGACUAUGACUUGGUCUUCACUGAUCCUGCAUGGGGUGCAGGUAUAAUCUUGGCUCAUGCUCUGAAGCUUCCCCUGGUUUAUAACGUGCGAUGGAUAACAAGUGGAGAGGGACAUUUGGCCAUCGCACCUUCUCCUUUAUCUUACAUCCCUCUGACUGGAUCAGGCCUGUCAGACAAAAUGAGCUUCAUACAAAGAUUUCAAAACCUUUUAUUCUAUUUCAUUUGGCAAGCUCAGGAUGCAUUCCUAAUUAACCCACAGUACCAGGCUGUUUGCGACGAGGUCUUUGGCCCUCAAGUCAGAUACAGACACUUAUUACAGGGAGCAGAUUUGUGGCUCAUGAGGGCAGACUUUGUCUUUGAAUUCCCUCGUCCCACCAUGCCUAAUGUCAUCUAUGUUGGAGGUUUCCAGUGUAAGCCUGCAAAACCUCUUCCUGAAGACCUGGAGGAGUUUGUGCAGAGUUCUGGAGAGCAUGGAGUCAUCAUCAUGUCUCUUGGGACUUUUGUGAGUGAACUUCCUGCCGACAUGACUAGCAAGAUUGCUGCAGCUUUUGCUAAGGUCCCUCAGAAAGUCAUCUGGAGACAUAAAGGCAACAAACCAGCCAAUCUGGGCAACAACACUCUGCUGGUGGACUGGAUGCCACAGAAUGAUCUUUUAGGACAUCCACAGAUAAAACUCUUUGUGGCUCAUGGAGGAACAAACGGACUUCAAGAAGCUAUCUAUCAUGGAGUUCCAGUUGUGGGUCUUCCUGUAUUUUUUGACCAAUAUGACAACCUGCUGCGCCUCAAAGAGAGAGGAGCAGCAAAGAUUCUCACAUUAGCCACUGUAGACAAAGAUGAAAACUUUUUAUUGACCCUGAAAGAGGUCCUGUCUGACCCCUCCUACAGGAUGAACAUGCAGAGACUCUCCAGACUGCACAGAGAUACUCCCAUGAAACCUAUGGACAGCGCCCUCUUCUGGAUAGACUUUGUCAUGAGACACAAAGGUGCAGCUCACCUGAGAACAGAGUCCUAUAAGAUGCCCUGGUAUUCCUACCACUCCUUUGAUGUAAUCUUAUUCCUGUCAGGAGUUCUGCUUGUUUUAUUACUACCAGUAUUUAUGUUGAUCAGAUGUUUAUGCACUGCUGUGAGUAAAAAUAAAGUAAAGCGUGACUGA